GAUUGGUGGAAGCCAGCAGGAAGAGAGGAAGGUAACGCGGAUCGUGAGAAGUGUCAGCCAGGCCAGGCGAGCCAACUGUAUAAACCUCACCGCCGCUACACAGCAGCAGUCACUCCACGCUAAAAUAACUCCGCAGCUUCUUUGUAGGCUUCUUUGGGGUCGCGGCCAAGUCGGGACAAACCUGAGAGCGUCGGUGCCGCAGUUUAGGAAGAGUCGUUCGCCCCAAAGUUUCCGGAAAUACAGCGUAGAGGGCAUCGGUGUGAGGAUGGCUGCGUAUAAGCUGGUGCUGAUCCGUCAUGGAGAGAGCUGCUGGAACCAGGAGAACCGCUUCUGCGGCUGGUUCGACGCGGACCUGAGCGAGACCGGGGAGCAUGAGGCGAAGAGGGGAGGACAGGCCCUGAAAGAUGCUGGGUAUGAAUUUGAUAUUUGCUACACCUCUGUCCUAAAGAGGGCUAUCCGCACCCUGUGGUUUGUUCUGGACAGCAUUGACCAGAUGUGGCUGCCAGUCCACCGGACCUGGCGCCUCAAUGAGCGCCACUACGGUGGUCUGACUGGGCUCAACAAGGCUGAAACGGCAGCCAAACACGGCGAGGCCCAGGUCAAAAUCUGGAGGCGAUCUUUCGACAUUCCUCCCCCUCCCAUGGAUGAGGGACACGAUUACUAUCAGAACAUAAGCAAGGACCGGCGUUACGCUGACCUCACAGAGGACCAGCUCCCCAGCUGUGAGAGCCUCAAGGACACCAUUGCCAGGGCUCUUCCCUUCUGGAAUGAAGAGAUUGUUCCACAGAUCAAGGAGGGAAAGAGGGUGCUGAUUGCUGCCCAUGGCAACAGUCUCCGGGGCAUCGUCAAGCAUCUUGAGGGGAUGUCAGAGGAAGCCAUCAUGGAGCUGAACCUCCCCACAGGCAUCCCCAUUGUCUACGAGCUGGACAAGAACCUGAAGCCUAUUGGACCCAUGCAGUUCCUGGGAGACGAGGAGACAGUCAAGAAGGCCAUGGAAGCGGUGGCUGCUCAGGGCAAAGCCAAGAAAUAGACUUGUCCUUCCUCUGAGAGUACAGAUCAAUCACAUGCUGUUCUUUCAUCAAGUUUUAAAGAAAAAAGGUCAUUUAUUGUUUGUGUCAUCACAAACUCUCACACACAGUCACACAAUGUGCACUUUAUUUUAAUAAUAACCCGCUUUCACAAAAACGUACAAUCCGGUGUUUGAUUUGAUUGGUCUUUACUUUGUGACAUACUGAAACAUGCAUUUCAUAAUUAGACUAAGAUAUCAGCUGUAAUAUGUUUUGAGCACUUACCAAAAUGUAAAUCUUAGGGACCAGCAACCGUAGAGUACCCUACAGAGACGUCCCAGGUAUUCCUUCCUUCCCAUUUACAACCCAUGCUAGGUGAAGCUUGUUGGAAACAGUGCAACCUAUAUAGAAACACUGGCUGUUGUUCAAGGGGCACUUGGAUUUGCUCUGUUGAAUUUUGUUUGCUGUGGCAUUGUGUGCAAAAGAAUAAAUGUUGUGAGCUAUUAUGUGAUGAAA